UUUUAUUGCAUACUCAUAUACAAUGAACAUGUUCCGGAUAACAUUAUGAUCGACAUGUACAAUGAUUACGGAUCGAUUUUUUAUGCUGUUCAACGUCGUUGACAAAUUUGAAAUGUUUAAUAAUUUUUUAAAACAUUGAACAAUUUUUACAUUAUUUUUUUUUGAAAUUUUUCUUUUAUCAAUUGUUGUUUGUUAUUAAUCAAGAUGGAUCAACAUUGUCGAUCAUUGAUCACAUGUUUGAUGGUUUUGCUAAUUAUUUCUCAAUGUUUUUCAUAUACCUCAGCAACAUUUUUUCUAAGACAACGAUUACAGCAACAGCAACAAUAUCAACAACAACAGCAGCAACAACAACAACAACAACAGCAGCUGUAUCAAAAUCCAAAUUUAUCCGUGGUUAAAAGAAUGGGUGAUUUCACAUCGAUGAUCGAUAAGAAAGAGGGACAAAGUAUAUUUAGCACAAUCACUUCUUUCGUGACGGAUCCAGCGCUUUUAGUGACCAUAUUACAUAGUUUAGAGGUGGCCUAUUGGACAUUACCGUUUGGUAUCGUUGUUAAACCAAUAAUUAAUUUAUUUCGUAUACCGAAUCGAAGAAUGGAUGUUGAUGGAAAUCAACCAUCAUCUUCAUAUUUAGAUCGUGAAACCUUAUUAGAUGCCUUAAAUCGGGCACGACAAACAAAAGUGCCAAUUUAUAAACAAUCAUCAUCAUCAUCAUCAUCAUCAUGAUUAAUGGACAGUUAGUUUAUGUUUUCAUAUUCGUGAUAU